AUUAAAACAAAAUACAUAAAGACCCAUUAUGUUAUAUUACAUCUCCUAAGACAAAAGUGCGCUCUAACAAAAACGUGAAAGAAACCCCAACUCUUCGUCUCGUCGCUGCUGCUUUCGUCCUCAUCGCUAUCGUUGUUCGUCGCUCGUGGAAAUGGCGGAUUCUCCAGUAAGAAGGCUUUCAAGAUCCCCUUCCCCAUGGAGGGGUCAAUCAAGAUCUAGGUCUAGGUCUCCGUCAAGGUCCGUUGAGAGGCACAGACCUAGGUCGAGGUCUAUUGAAAUGCAAAGGCCUAGGUCUCGGUCAAGGUCCAUUGAAAUGCAAAGGCCUGGGUCUCAAUCAAGGCCUCUUGAAAUGCAAAGGCCUGGGUCUCAAUCAAGGCCUCUUGAAAUGCAACGGCCUAGAUCUCGGUCAAGGUCUCUUGAAAAGCCGAGGCUUAGGUCUCGGUCAAGAUCUCUUGAAAUGCAAAGGCCUAGAUCUCCCUCGAGAGGCCGUGGCAGAUCAAGAUCAAGAAGUCCUCCUGAUAGGAAUGGUGGGGAUACACUUUAUGUAACUGGCCUAUCUUCAAGGGUCACUGAGAGAGACCUAGAGGAGCAUUUCUCUAAGGAAGGAAAGGUUGCUUCAUGUUUUCUUGUGGUGGAGCCCCGUACGCGUAUAUCUCGUGGUUUUGCGUUUGUUACUAUGGAUUCUGUUGAGGAUGCAAACCGCUGUAUCAAGUAUCUGAAUCAAUCUGUUCUAGAGGGUCGCUAUGUCACUGUUGAGCGGUCAAAGAGAAAGCGGCCAAGAACUCCCACACCCGGGCACUAUCUUGGGCUGAAAAACACUAGAGAAAUUGGAUAUCGUGAUGAUCGUGGAGGUGGAAGGUAUCGGGGUGGAUAUGGUCGUGAUGAUUAUCCAUAUCGCCGGUCUCCAAGGCCCUCCCCACCAUAUCGAGGUGGCAGGGAUUAUUCACCAAGGCACUCUCCCUAUGGUGGCGGAAGGUAUAGGAGGGAUAGGUCUAGGUCACCUUAUGCUCCAUAUGGAAGCCCAGAUAGGAGGUAUGCUCGGGGGUCUAGGUGAUAUUUUACAAAGUUUAUUUUGUUAUCUGUCUGAAGUUUGAAGGAUGGUAAAAACUGUAUUUUGACCUGUCAGAUUGUGCCUAUAUGUGAUGUAUGUGCGUUUUAGAGGUAAUUUGCACUAAGCAAUUAUUGUUGAUGUAUCUUUAAUACUCGUUUUUUAGUGGCAUUGGAGUUUUAUGACUAAA